CAGUCUUAAUCGGAGUGAGACUUAGCAACACUUUGGACUCCAGUACUCUUCUUUCUAAUCUUAGCCUCCAUAAGGGACCACAGCAAGGAGAAAAGCCAUGCAAGAAGGGACAUAUGGGUUGCUGGCUACAGCAGCCCUCCUCUGUCUGCUAAACUCAAGUUCAUAUGCAAGUGUUGAGGGAGACAGCUCAUCCGUUACAAGAAGAGAUGCAGGGACAUGCACUGUUCACAGUAACCCCCACUAUAGCACCUUUGAUGGGGCCAACUUCCGCUUUGUGGGCCCCUGUACCUACGUCCUAGCCAAGGUGUGCUUGUCCUCUUCGUCAUCUGAGACCCCCUUGCCUUACUUCAGCAUAGAAGUGAAGAACGAGCUGAGAGGGAACUCUUCUGUGUCUGCUGUCCAGAAAGUAAUCGUGCAGAUGGAGAACUUGGAGGUCUCCCUUCACAGGAGACAAAACCAUCGUGUUAUGGUUAAUGGCAUUUGGAGGGAACUCCCCCUUAGCCUCAACAGUGGCACCAUCAACAUCCGAUCCAGUGUCACUUCCAUCAUCUUGGAGACUAACCUUUUCAUAUCCUAUGACAUAUUCGGUUCUGUCCGUGUCACCAUUCCUCCAUCAUACUCUGGUAAAGUCUGCGGCAUUUGCGGGAACUUUAAUUAUCUGAGAGAUGAUGACUACCUCACACCUGAUGGUUCCAACACCACCAUUGCUGUCCCAUUGGGCCAGAGCUGGCAGGGCGGGAAGAGCUGUGACUCGACCACUGUCGCCCAAAUGUGUUCCCCAAACAAGGAGGCAGAGUAUGCAAGCGAGCUCUACUGUGGUUCUCUGGUCUCCAGACAUGGGCCCUUCGCCGGCUGCCAGUCUGUUUUGGGAGCAGAGAGCUACUUUCGUAGCUGUAUAGUGGAGAUGUGUGGAGCAGUUGGUGACACUAAAGUGCUUUGUGAGGCCCUGGAGUCCUACGCUGAUAUGUGCCGCAAAGCUGGGGUGCUGGUACCAUCCUGGAGGAACUCUACUAUCUGCCCCCUGAAGUGUGUUGGGAACAGCCAUUACAAUGCCUGUGCAGAAGGUUGCCCUGAGGUCUGCUCCAGCAUGGACACCCAAGGUGCCUGUGGGAGCUGUCUGGAGAGGUGUGAUUGUGACCCUGGCUUCAAGCUUAGCGGGGGGAGGUGUGUUGAUGCUGAGAACUGUGGCUGCUGGGUAAAUGGAGAGCAUUAUGAGAGUGGUGUGACGUUUGUUGAAGGUGAGUGCGAUCGUCUGUGCCAGUGUAUGGGCGGGGGUAGACUCCAGUGUUCAGCUUUCUCCUGCGCAGCCGGCGAAGUGUGCAAGGACAAAGGGGGGGUCAAAGGUUGCUUUCCCUCCAGCCCUGUCAUGUGCCGUAUCCACGGAGACCCCCACUACAUCACUUUUGAUGGCAAGGCAUACACAUUCCAGGGGGGCUGCAGCUACAUCCUGGUCAAGACAUGUGGCGGAAACACACCUGUCCAGUUCACAGUGACAGGACAGAACUGGAACCCUAGCAACAAAAGCAGUUCCAAGCUGGGCGCAGUCAUUCUGGAGACCAAUGGCUUGCAUGUUAUGUUGGAGAGCCACAACACGACUGUGAACCAUGUUUGGCAGCAUCUUCCUGUUGAAGUUAACGGCACAUACGGUGAGGUAAAACUCUACAAAAACAAGCAAUACACUGUAAUGGAAACGUCCUUUGGCCUGCGGAUGCUGCUGGAUGACCAGAGCAGGCUCUUCCUGCAGCUGGAUGAGCGCUAUGAAGGCGAGGUAUGUGGUCUCUGUGGUACCUACUCUGAUGACCAAUCAGAUGACUUCCUGACCCCCAACAGCACCAAACCCGAGAGCAAUGUGGUCGUGUUUGCCAACAGCUGGAGGGUGGACAGUCCAGAGGACAAUCAUUGUGUUGCCAACCCUCCUGCACCCGGACCUUGUGACUCAGAUUUGGACGACCAGGGCAACAAGGAGUGUUCCAAGCUGCUGAGUGAAGCUUUCAAACCCUGCCACUAUUUUGUCCAUCCCAGUCUCUACAUAGACAGCUGUAUAUCUGACCACUGUGCUUCUGGCGGAGACAUGCAUGUGAUGUGUGACUCUCUGAGGUCCUACGUGGCUGCCUGCCAGGUGGCCGAUGUGACCAUGCCUCCCUGGUGGAACAACACUGCCUGUGAUAGUCCACCUGUCCCUACUACAAUGCUUCCAGUAACUACACCUGACAAAAAACUUUGUCCUCUAGACUGCGAUUUUGACCACAGCGAGUGUGGUUGGGAACAACUUGUUCAGGACAGUUUUGAUUGGACAAGACAAAGAGGCCCAACACCCACAAAGUUCACAGGGCCAACGCAGGACCACACCACAGGAGAUGGCUCCUACAUGUACAUCGAGGGUGACGGUGUGUACCGUGGAGACUCCGCCCGUAUGAUGAGCCCCAGCUGCCAAAUCGGACCGGGGCAAUACUGCCUGCGCUUCUGGUAUCACAUGUACGGACAUGCCACAGCAAUGGCUCUCAAUGUCUACCAGCUUGACCAGCAUGAGACAAACAAGAAGCUGUGGUCUGAAGUCAACAACCAGGGCGCCACAUGGUUUCCUGCAGAAGUAGAUGUCAAUAUUGAUGGUUCAUUCAGGAUCAUCAUGGAGGCUAUCCGAGGCUCUAACCAUUGGUCUGAUGUAGCAUUUGAUGACAUCUCCAUCCACCAUGGACCAUGUUCUUCAAAAAGUGAUAUGAGUGAAACUUCAAUUCCUCCCUCAUUUGAGGGAGGAGCAGUCACCCCAAAUUCAGUCUGCAACCUUGAUUGUGAUUUCAAGCUAGACCUUUGCGGUUUUACUCAACUUCUGACGGAUGUUUUUGAUUGGACAAGACACAAUGGCUCCACCCCCACUGCUUUUACUGGUCCAUCAGCUGACCACACAACAGGAAGUGGACACUACCUGUACAUCGAGGCCAACAGUGUGUCUAAUGGGGAUACAGCUCGACUUCUUAGUGCAGAGUGCUCUGACCCUGGUCCACAGUGUCUUCAGUUCUGGUACCACAUGUCCGGUUCAGCACAGACCAUGGGUCUACACAUCUACCUGCUCCAGAACGGCUACGCAGACGGAGUGUGGUGGAAGAGGAAUGACCAGGGAGACUCCUGGCAACUGGCUCAGGUGGAUUUAGAGACAACUGGACCUUUCCAGAUCAUCUUUGAAGGCCGCAGAGGCACAACGGAUCAAUCUGACGUGGCGAUUGAUGAUGUUUCUCUGCAUCGUGGAAGAUGUGCAGAGAAACCUGUGAACCCUUCAGUGUACAUCUUCACCACUCCACCUCCAUCAGCUUCUAUUACCAUUAGACCAGAAGCACCAACCACUUCAGAACCGGAAACUUCAAAUCCUCUUUCAGUAGAAAAAAGAGCAGUUCCCCCACAUCCAGUCUGCAACCUUGAUUGCAAUUUUGAGCAGGACCUCUGCGGUUUUAACCAGCUUCUGACGGACGUUUUUGAUUGGAUGAGACACAGUGGCUCCACUCCAACAGUGAUGACUGGGCCAUCAGCUGACCACACAACAGGAAGUGGACACUACCUGUACAUCGAGGCCAACAGUGUGUUUAAUGGGGAUACAGCUCGACUUCUUAGUGCAGAGUGCUCUGACCCUGGUCCACAGUGUCUUCAGUUCUGGUACCACAUGUCCGGUUCAGCACAGACCAUGGGUCUACACGUCUACCUGCUCCAGAACGGCUACGCAGACGGAGUGUGGUGGAAGAGGAAUGACCAGGGAGACUCCUGGCAACUGGCUCUGGUGGAUUUAGAGACAACUGGACUUUUCAAGAUCAUCUUUGAAGGCCGAAGAGGCACAACUGAUCAAUCUGAUGUGGCAAUUGAUGAUGUUUCUCUGCAUCGUGGAAGCUGUGCAGUUAAGGAAAAACAUUUGAUUAGUUCCGUGGACAUCACAACCACUCCACCUCCACCAGUUCCCACCACCUUUAGACCAGGACCACCAACCACUGCAAGACUUGAAGCUUCAAAUCCUCGCUCAGCUGAAGAAGGAGCAGUUGCCCAGCAUCCAAUCUGCAACCUUGAUUGCGAUUUCGAGCGGGACCUCUGCAGUUUUGACCAGCUACUGACAGAUGUUUUUGAUUGGACGAGACACAGUGGGUCCACUCCCACUGCGAUGACUGGGCCAUCAGCUGAUCACACAACAGGAAGUGGACACUACCUGUACAUCGAGGCCAAUGGUGUGUCUAAUGGGGAUACAGCUCGACUUCUUAGCACAGAGUGCUCUGACCCUGGUCCACAGUGUCUUCAGUUUUGGUACCACAUGUCUGGAUCAGCACAGACCAUGGGUCUACACGUCUACCUGCUCCAGGACAACUUAGCCAACCGGGUGUGGUGGAAGAGGAAUGACCAGGGAGACUCCUGGCAACUGGCUCAGGUGGAUUUAGAGACAACUGGACCUUUCAAGAUCAUCUUUGAAGGCCGAAGAGGCACAACUGAUCAAUCUGAUGUGGCAAUUGAUGAUGUUUCUUUGCAUCGUGGAAGCUGUGCAGUUAAGGAAAAACAUUUGAUUAGUUCCGUGGACAUCACAACCACUCCACCUCCACCAGUUCCCACCACCUUUAGACCAGGACCACCAACCACUGCAAGACUUGAAGCUUCAAAUCCUCGCUCAGCUGAAGAAGGAGCAGUUGCCCAGCAUCCAAUCUGCAACCUUGAUUGCGAUUUCGAGCGGGACCUCUGCAGUUUUGACCAGCUACUGACAGAUGUUUUUGAUUGGACGAGACACAGUGGGUCCACUCCCACUGCGAUGACUGGGCCAUCAGCUGAUCACACAACAGGAAGUGGACACUACCUGUACAUCGAGGCCAAUGGUGUGUCUAAUGGGGAUACAGCUCGACUUCUUAGCACAGAGUGCUCUGACCCUGGUCCACAGUGUCUUGAGUUUUGGUACCACAUGUCUGGAUCAGCACAGACCAUGGGUCUACACGUCUACCUGCUCCAGGACAACUUAGCCAACCGGGUGUGGUGGAAGAGGAAUGACCAGGGAGACUCCUGGCAACUGGCUCAGGUGGAUUUAGAGACAACUGGACCUUUCAAGAUCAUCUUUGAAGGUCGCAGAGGCACAACGGAUCAAUCUGAUGUGGCAAUUGAUGAUGUUUCUCUGCAUCGUGGAAGAUGUGCAGACCAAACAGAGAAGCCUUUGGAUCCCUCAGUGGACAUAACAACCACUCCACCAGUUCCCACUACCUUUAGACCAGAACCACCGGCCACUGCAAGACCUGAAGUUUCAAACCUUCCUUCAGUUGAAGGAGGAGCUGUUGCCCCGCACCCAAUCUGCAACCUUGACUGCGAUUUCGAGCGGGACCUCUGCAGUUUUGACCAGCUACUGACAGAUGUUUUUGAUUGGACGAGACACAGUGGGUCCACUCCCACUGCGAUGACUGGGCCAUCAGCUGAUCACACAACAGGAAGUGGACACUACCUGUACAUCGAAGCCAACGGUGUGUCUAAUGGGGAUACAGCUCGACUUCUUAGUGCAGAGUGCUCUGACCCUGGUCCACAGUGUCUUCAGUUUUGGUACCACAUGUCUGGCUCCGCUCAGACCAUGGGACUACACGUCUAUAUUCUCCAGGACAACUUAGCUAAUGGAGUGUGGUGGAAGAGAAAUGACCAGGGAGACUCCUGGCAACUGGCUCAGGUGGAUUUGAGGACCACUGGACCUUUCAAGAUCAUCUUUGAAGGCCGAAGAGGCACAACUGAUCAAUCUGAUGUGGCAAUUGAUGAUGUUUCUUUGCAUCGUGGAAGCUGUGCAGUUAAGGAAAAACAUUUGAUUAGUUCCGUGGACAUCACAACCACUCCACCUCCACCAGUUCCCACCACCUUUAGACCAGGACCACCAACCACUGCAAGACUUGAAGCUUCAAAUCCUCGCUCAGCUGAAGAAGGAGCAGUUGCCCAGCAUCCAAUCUGCAACCUUGAUUGCGAUUUCGAGCGGGACCUCUGCAGUUUUGACCAGCUACUGACAGAUGUUUUUGAUUGGACGAGACACAGUGGGUCCACUCCCACUGCGAUGACUGGGCCAUCAGCUGAUCACACAACAGGAAGUGGACACUACCUGUACAUCGAGGCCAAUGGUGUGUCUAAUGGGGAUACAGCUCGACUUCUUAGCACAGAGUGCUCUGACCCUGGUCCACAGUGUCUUGAGUUUUGGUACCACAUGUCUGGAUCAGCACAGACCAUGGGUCUACACGUCUACCUGCUCCAGGACAACUUAGCCAACCGGGUGUGGUGGAAGAGGAAUGACCAGGGAGACUCCUGGCAACUGGCUCAGGUGGAUUUAGAGACAACUGGACCUUUCAAGAUCAUCUUUGAAGGCCGAAGAGGCACAACUGAUCAAUCUGAUGUGGCAAUUGAUGAUGUUUCUUUGCAUCGUGGAAGCUGUGCAGUUAAGGAAAAACAUUUGAUUAGUUCCGUGGACAUCACAACCACUCCACCUCCACCAGUUCCCACCACCUUUAGACCAGGACCACCAACCACUGCAAGACUUGAAGCUUCAAAUCCUCGCUCAGCUGAAGAAGGAGCAGUUGCCCAGCAUCCAAUCUGCAACCUUGAUUGCGAUUUCGAGCGGGACCUCUGCAGUUUUGACCAGCUACUGACAGAUGUUUUUGAUUGGACGAGACACAGUGGGUCCACUCCCACUGCGAUGACUGGGCCAUCAGCUGAUCACACAACAGGAAGUGGACACUACCUGUACAUCGAGGCCAAUGGUGUGUCUAAUGGGGAUACAGCUCGACUUCUUAGCACAGAGUGCUCUGACCCUGGUCCACAGUGUCUUCAGUUUUGGUACCACAUGUCUGGAUCAGCACAGACCAUGGGUCUACACGUCUACCUGCUCCAGGACAACUUAGCCAACCGGGUGUGGUGGAAGAGGAAUGACCAGGGAGACUCCUGGCAACUGGCUCAGGUGGAUUUAGAGACAACUGGACCUUUCAAGAUCAUCUUUGAAGGUCGCAGAGGCACAACGGAUCAAUCUGAUGUGGCAAUUGAUGAUGUUUCUCUGCAUCGUGGAAGAUGUGCAGACCAAACAGAGAAGCCUUUGGAUCCCUCAGUGGACAUAACAACCACUCCACCAGUUCCCACUACCUUUAGACCAGAACCACCGGCCACUGCAAGACCUGAAGUUUCAAACCUUCCUUCAGUUGAAGGAGGAGCUGUUGCCCCGCACCCAAUCUGCAACCUUGACUGCGAUUUCGAGCGGGACCUCUGCAGUUUUGACCAGCUACUGACAGAUGUUUUUGAUUGGACGAGACACAGUGGGUCCACUCCCACUGCGAUGACUGGGCCAUCAGCUGAUCACACAACAGGAAGUGGACACUACCUGUACAUCGAAGCCAACGGUGUGUCUAAUGGGGAUACAGCUCGACUUCUUAGUGCAGAGUGCUCUGACCCUGGUCCACAGUGUCUUCAGUUUUGGUACCACAUGUCUGGCUCCGCUCAGACCAUGGGACUACACGUCUAUAUUCUCCAGGACAACUUAGCUAAUGGAGUGUGGUGGAAGAGAAAUGACCAGGGAGACUCCUGGCAACUGGCUCAGGUGGAUUUGAGGACCACUGGACCUUUCAAGAUCAUCUUUGAAGGCCGAAGAGGCACAACUGAUCAAUCUGAUGUGGCAAUUGAUGAUGUUUCUUUGCAUCGUGGAAGCUGUGCAGUUAAGGAAAAACAUUUGAUUAGUUCCGUGGACAUCACAACCACUCCACCUCCACCAGUUCCCACCACCUUUAGACCAGGACCACCAACCACUGCAAGACUUGAAGCUUCAAAUCCUCGCUCAGCUGAAGAAGGAGCAGUUGCCCAGCAUCCAAUCUGCAACCUUGAUUGCGAUUUCGAGCGGGACCUCUGCAGUUUUGACCAGCUACUGACAGAUGUUUUUGAUUGGACGAGACACAGUGGGUCCACUCCCACUGCGAUGACUGGGCCAUCAGCUGAUCACACAACAGGAAGUGGACACUACCUGUACAUCGAGGCCAAUGGUGUGUCUAAUGGGGAUACAGCUCGACUUCUUAGCACAGAGUGCUCUGACCCUGGUCCACAGUGUCUUCAGUUUUGGUACCACAUGUCUGGAUCAGCACAGACCAUGGGUCUACACGUCUACCUGCUCCAGGACAACUUAGCCAACCGGGUGUGGUGGAAGAGGAAUGACCAGGGAGACUCCUGGCAACUGGCUCAGGUGGAUUUAGAGACAACUGGACCUUUCAAGAUCAUCUUUGAAGGUCGCAGAGGCACAACGGAUCAAUCUGAUGUGGCAAUUGAUGAUGUUUCUCUGCAUCGUGGAAGAUGUGCAGACCAAACAGAGAAGCCUUUGGAUCCCUCAGUGGACAUAACAACCACUCCACCAGUUCCCACUACCUUUAGACCAGAACCACCGGCCACUGCAAGACCUGAAGUUUCAAACCUUCCUUCAGUUGAAGGAGGAGCUGUUGCCCCGCACCCAAUCUGCAACCUUGACUGCGAUUUCGAGCGGGACCUCUGCAGUUUUGACCAGCUACUGACAGAUGUUUUUGAUUGGACGAGACACAGUGGGUCCACUCCCACUGCGAUGACUGGGCCAUCAGCUGAUCACACAACAGGAAGUGGACACUACCUGUACAUCGAAGCCAACGGUGUGUCUAAUGGGGAUACAGCUCGACUUCUUAGUGCAGAGUGCUCUGACCCUGGUCCACAGUGUCUUCAGUUUUGGUACCACAUGUCUGGCUCCGCUCAGACCAUGGGACUACACGUCUAUAUUCUCCAGGACAACUUAGCUAAUGGAGUGUGGUGGAAGAGAAAUGACCAGGGAGACUCCUGGCAACUGGCUCAGGUGGAUUUGAGGACCACUGGACCUUUCAAGAUCAUCUUUGAAGGCCGAAGAGGCACAACUGAUCAAUCUGAUGUGGCAAUUGAUGAUGUUUCUUUGCAUCGUGGAAGCUGUGCAGUUAAGGCACUAUCGUGCCAAAAGAACAGCCACUUCACCCCCUGCAUAUCCCCUUGUCAGCCCACCUGUAAACAACUCCAAGGCCCACCCAAUUGCCACGCUGAUGAGGAAUGUAUACAGGGCUGUGUAUGUGACGACGGCUUUGUCCUCAGAGAGGGUGUGUGUGUUCCCUUUCAGCAUUGUGGCUGUGUGGACAGCAGUGGCAAGAAAUAUCAUCUUAAAGAAAGCUGGUACACUGAAAACUGCAGUCAGAAGUGUAAGUGUGAUGAAGAUGAUGGUGUGGGAGAGAUUGAAUGCGGUGAUGAAGAGAUGUGUGAUGGGGAUGAUGUCUGCCUUCUGAAUGAAGCUGGAAAUUAUUUCUGCAAGUCAACAGAGUUCAGUGAGUGCUCCAUCAAUAGAGACCCAGAGUACAGAACCUUUGACAAAAUGAAGCAUGAAUUCAAAGGCAGGAACUCCUAUGUCCUGGUCCAGACCACGGGUCUAUCCAAGAACCAGCCAGACGUCUACAUCGAGGCCUUCAAUGGCAUCGCCAACCAGGAUAACAGUGAUAACAUUCAUUGUGACAACAGCAAUAAGGAGGAACAGCUUGAAGAUGGCAGGAAAAGUGACAGUGAUGAGGACAGUGAUGAGGACAGUGAUGAUGACAGUGAUGACGACGACGACGACAAUGCCUGUAUGCAGCUCAGAGGAAUCAAGAUCAGGGUCUACAACCACACAGUGGAGUUCAGGAAGAACAGAAAACUUUUUCUGGAUGGCAGGAGCGCUCAUGCCCCUGUCUCCCCGGCAGGUGGUCUGAGGAUUCUGGAGCGCUCGUCUCUUAUCUGUCUGAAAACAGACUUCGGCCUCUCAGUGGAGUUUGAUGGAGAGAGCAGAGCAGAGAUCAUCCUACCCCACACCUACAAGAGGAGGGUAGGCGGACUGUGUGGCAACUUCGAUGGCAAGAAAAACAAUGAUAUGGUUAAAUCCGACGGUAAACAGGCUGAGAGUGUCAAGGAGUUUGGAGAGAGCUGGAGAGUAAUGGAGGAGCGCCGGAACAUAACAUAAAGGCUAUCAUGUUUGCAUCUAGCCUAUGGCCAGCGACUGUACCGCCAUGCCUGAAGACCAUUGAUUGUGUAACUAAAUAGGGAAGAAGGUUAAUCAAAUAUGAGACUAUUUGUUUAAGUCUUGUUGUUACUACAGCACACCUGUGUGCGUUAUUAUAACUCACUUUUUAUUUUAUGUAAAACUUUAGUCAUUUAGCUGCCACUUUUAUCCAGUCUUCAGAAGCAAAUUUUACUUAGUGUUUACAUCACACAUACUUGUGCAUUUCAACUAGUGUACUAUUUAUUUGAAUGGCCCGCAUACAGUCAAUUGAUGUCCACUAAUUAAAUCUGUUAAGUACAAUGUUACUGUAUAAAAAAAACAAUGCAAGCAAAUUAUGCAAUUGUUUCAGCU